AAUCUUUCACAUACUAUUCUUUGUGGCUGCACAGGAACGACUUUUAUAGUAAAUCCUUCUCAAAGUCUUCGAUUGACGUUGUUGAGAAUACACAGCUAGAGACUCCAAUCUCGCUUCUAAGCUACUUCACUGAGCGUUACCUUGAAAAGAUCAUGGGCAACGAUCCGUCGAAAAAAGGAAAGAAAAAACCAGUACAUCCAAAGAUAGUCUCCAAAGGAAAAAACAGCUCCAAAAAUCUCCGUUUGCUAAUUUUACACGACGUAGGGUCCAAGCCACAGAUGGAUGCCGUUGAUCAUUUCUGCGAUGCAGUAAACGCCUUUAAACCUCCAGGAAGCUUAGUAAUCAAAGAGGGAGAUGUGAAAAUCCUGGAACUUGAUGUCUCAAGUUGUCUUUCUGGUAACUCCCUCACGGAUGCGAAGCAGUGGAUUAACGAAUGGCUGGGUCAAAGUGGUGUGGUUCUCGUUUGCUUGCUGUCAAGUCAAGAUGUACAGCCUUUCGCGGAUGAUAUUAAUUUGCAAGGAGGGAAGAUCGUGGCGUUUUCCUUUGGAAAAUGUCCGACUUCAUGGAAGGAAUGUGUUUCUUUGAACGUCGACUUCAAAGCUGUGAGAAGCCCAAGCGAUUUUGAAGAACCGUUGAAAGAACUUAUUGCCGUUGUUAGAGCAGAGUGAACGGAAUGGAACUUGAACAGGUCAUCUAGAUGUAGCAAAAGAGCCAGUAAUUCAGUAAUUUUAAGCCAGUUUUCCAUUGUUUCUGAAGUAAUCUAAAUCCAGGAUUAUUUUGAUAUAAAUCUAACUCCCUCCGUGAUUGGUCCAAGUAUGAACUCCCGCCACCGUCUCAACCAAUAAGAUAGGAAUCUAAAUCCAAUCGUGUUUUCGUCACCAUUGUUUUCCCACAUUUCACGUCGUUUCCAUGGUUUUUUUUUUUUAAACUCUCAUUGGCUCCUCUCCCUUUGCCUUUGAAUUUUCCUGUGCUCUGAUUGGCUAUUGUAAUAAUCUGAGCAUUGCUCAAACGGCACUCCACAGAAAAUUACUCUAUAGUUUCAAAAUGUACGUUGGCAGUAUUAAAAUCACGAUGAAAAUGAAUCGGCCAAAUAUUUUUGAAACAGUCAUAAUCUGUAUUUUAAACAAAUUAAACUUGCUUUCGGAUAGUAACUAGAGCCGUUUCAUUUUCAACAUUUUCCACUAGGUUCAGCUAAU